GUAACCUCUUUGCACAUUUAUUAACUUUUAAAACAUCAUCAAUUUCUGAUUAGCAAAAAAAAAAAAAAAAACCAUCAUCAAUUCUUUAACAACAAAAUAUUAACCAAAAAAACAUCAGCAAUUUAUUUAUUAUAGCAUACAAGAUGAAGAAACCCAGUCAACUAUCGGCCACCAUUCUAACUAUCUUUGUGAUCCUUGCUAUAGGGGUGAUGGUGAAGGAAACAUUGGGACAAGCGCCGAGUACUUGUUUUGAAGCUCUAAAAGAUGCUUCUAAGGGUGCAUCAUGUGACUCGGAAUUGUGUGCCUCUCUAUGUAAGAAGAAAUCCGGCGGCGGUGUUGGUACUUGUAGAACAAAGACGACACAACCCAGUAAAGGACAACCAGAAUGCCACUGCAGGUUUUGGUGUAAAUCAGAUGGAACCCCCUACAAGUAGAAUUUUCAGACCAUCAAUUUAUCAAGUUAAAUACAUGGAACACGGAGUACCUCACAUUUUUCAUUUGAUGCUAUAAAAUUUUGCAAUAAUUGUAAAUAACAAUACUAAAUAGGUAAUUAUAAAAACUAUAUACUAAAUAAGUAGACCAUGACAUAAUCACUUUUGUGCUAAUUUUGUCAGUGCAUGUCAUCACAUAAGUAUGAAUAUACAUAAUGUAUGAUUUUAAAUAAAAAUUAUAUUGAUUAUCAGAGAUAUUUUGUAUAUUUUCUUUCUAUUAAUUAAUUUUCCAUUUAAAAUAUUUCAAUAUUUAU